AUGCUUUUCACUUUGUUCUUGGGUCUCCCGUUCUCUCAGUCUUCGCCUUCAUGCCAUUCUGUCGGCAUUGACUAUCAAGAUGGAGGCAGCUACUUUCUGGAAGCCAGUCGCAGCCUCUCUUUCACGGCCCUGCAAUACUUUUCCGAUUGCCAGAACGAUUUUGCAGACAAUCUGUUGAUCGACCCUAGCGGGAACGAGAAAAGGUGUAAUCGAACACCAAUGCAGCCUGAUGGACUUUUACACCAAGUCGACUGCGAGGGGAUCAACGUUUACACUGGAGAUUGGUCGAUCUUGAUUCUCUCGUACAAUGGCGGUGCCGAGCCAUUGAUGGAUCAGCGGGACUUUCACCUUUCUGUCGAGGAACCUAUCGAUGUCGACACCACGCCAUCGCAACGACCAAGAUGCCACAUCACGCAAGCUGAGACUGUGUCGAUCACCUCCCUCACUUGGAGUUGUCUCAGUAUCGACAUGCCAAGCCGCUCUGUGGAAAGCACUGCUGCCCUCGCCACGACGCCUCCGUCUGCUAUGAUUUCCAUCGCAGUCAGCAAUGCAAUUCCAUCUGCAGAAUCAACAUUAGCAAUUGUUCUGUACAGUAGACCUGCCGAGGCCACGACUAGCUACACACCAAUCGGCAUCGACGAAACUCAUCAUCCACGCCAAACGCAGUUGACGAUCGGCCCUUCGCCAGUCUUCGAAAGGAAAGGUUCAACCAAGUCAAGGUCGGUCGAGAUGACCACCCCGACUCAGCAGAAGUCUGGCAAGUUUUGGAAGCCAUUGUCGAUGGGUUGGAGGCCAUCCAACGUCUGGCGAUACGUAUUCGCGGUCGAACAGUCUCGAAUGCUGGAUAAUGCUUACGCAAUUCGACAGCCAGCCAACAUACCUGUUGUCGCCAUUACCACCGGUCACACGACGUCGUCACAGCAAAUGCUAUCAGUUCGUGGUCAACGCAAGCGACUGUAG